GACAGUUUUAAAUCUACUUUUAAUUGAACAAAUAUUUGGAAAAUUAUUACCAAUAAAUCAAGUUGACGACCGUGACGUCGAUGAAAUGGCCCGUUGUGUGAGACACUUCAAUGCCGAGGUUUUUCUCGGACAAACCUCUCAAGUGGCUGUGGUGAAGAGUGUUGAGAGCUCCGCUGCCAAUGGUUAUUUCAGUGAAUUGUUGAGUGAAAUUUUGAAACCUUGGAAUGAUAUGAAAAUACGUCUGAGUGAUGUUGGCGUCGACUAUCGCCAUGAAUAUGAUUAUUUUAAUAUUCUGCUAAUCGAUUCGUAUAGGAGUUUUGAAAAAAUCCAACCUGGACCCAUUGCCAAGACGAAAGAUUUCAGUGAAUAUUAUUUGAUAAUAUACCAUGCAAAUUCCAGCACUUCCCAAAACGAAAUGCAAAAAAUAUUCGAAUACUGUUGGCGUUAUUAUAUGGUCAAUGUAGCUGUGCUAUUAAAACUAGAGAAUCAAACAAUUUCUCUUUACACCUACUACCCUUUUACAUUGCGUCAAUGUCACAAGCCUCAGAUUGUCACACUAAGUCAUGGAAAAUCAAUUCGAAAUCUAACACGUCUUGAAUUGUACCCGGAAAAAUUCAACAAUUUCCAUAACUGUACCAUUAUGGCGGCCCUGUGGAAUGUGCCGCCAUAUUUAAUGUUACCAAAAGCCGGAACUAGCUUCCAUGGCAUGGAGGGUAUGGAAGGAUGGCUGCUAAAAGUUUUGGCUGAGCUAUUCAAUUUUCAUUUGGAUUAUAAAACGCCACCGAAUAAUGAACAAAGGGGAUUGGUGAAGAAGGAUGGCAGUGUUACGGGGGCCAUAAAAAUGCUCAACGACCACAUAGCCGACUUGAGUUUGGGAUCAUUCCGUUGCACCCUGGAGCGUUCAACGGCCCUUAGCCCCUCGGCAACAUUUUAUCAAACCAUGCAGGUUUUUACAGUGCUGGCGAGGCGACAACCCUUUCAAAGCUUUGAGAUCCUGACCUAUCCAUUCGAUAUUUACAUUUGGACCAUGUGGUUGAUGCUAACCCUUUUACUGUUGGUAUUUACCUUCAUUUUUGAGAGAAUCCAUAUACCAACCCUACAUUUUAUUUACGACGUUCGAUGCACCUCCUCCAUUAACAUCAAUAUUAUAGCCACAAGUCUGGGCCAACCGGCUUUCAACACACUACAACCCCAAAGGAAUUUCGCUCGUUACUUUACCACAAUGUGGGCUUUGAUGACAUUUCUCUUACGUUCCACCUAUCAGAGUUCGCUGUAUGAUUUCCUCAAUUCGGAUAAGACUGUUCAGCCGCCCAAUACGGCUGCCGAGUUGGCAGCACGCAAAUUCACCUUAAUUGUUAAUGUGGCCACAUCCGAUUCCUUUUCCGGCAUACCCAUUCUACGCAACAAACAAUUGGAUCUGAAGAUAAUGAAUAUAACCGAUGCCGGAGGCUAUCCCAUAUUGGAGGCGAAUCCGGACAAGAACUAUGCCACUGGAACUCCUCGGGAUUUUUUGGUGGAUUAUGUGAAUUCCUACCACAAAUAUGGAGUAUUCCAUGUCCUGGAAGAGACAAUAUUCUCUCAACAAUUAUGUGUCUACUUCUCCAAACAUUCGUAUUUGCUGCCAUCGUUUGAUCGGGUCCUGUUAAAUUUACGAAGUUUUGGUUUAAUUGAUCACUGGGCCCGACAGGUUUUCGAUGACCGUUUCUUGGAACAAACUGGGGAGGAACGAAUUCCCUUAGCUCUGGGUAUCUCACAGCUAUGGAGUAUUUUUAAAACAUGUUUGAUUAUUGAUUUGCUGGCGGUGAUGGUUUUUGUUGUGGAAAUCGUAUAUUAUAAAUGUUCGCACAGGAAAUUGAAUAGCUCGAAAUAAAAAUAGAAAAUUUUGAAAAUAAAUGGCCUUU